AUGAAAGAAUCAAAUACAAUUAAGCGGAUUCGCCAUGUUCUGCUAAAAUGCAGGGCGGAGCAAUUACCUCAGUUAGUGCUUUUAGGCUCAUAUUCACGCCAGUCGGCUCACUACUCUCGGUCUUUACUCUGGAAAAUUGUAGCGUUUCAAAUCACAGGACAUCUAGAAGAACUUAGUCUGAGAAUGCUUAGAGAAUGCAGAAAAGAUUAUGAAAUAUUGAGAAGUGAGUUCAUGGUGCCAUGGAACGAGCUUGCAAAAGACCACGAAUUCUACUGUGACUUAAAUGUCGAACACGAUCUGAGCGAUAGCUUUGGAAAGAAAUUGAAAAUGUCUAGGAUGCGAAUUCAACGUCAUCCAUUAGAUACCCCCAAAGCACCCAAAAUGACAGACAUUCAAACUCUAGAAAGCUUGAUUGCAGAUGUCGAUCGACUGUUUCCUCAAAUUCCGGAGUAUUUCGUUGAGAAUAAGGAAAACAGACGACAGCUGAUUGAAGUACUGUACAUCUGGUGGAAGCUCAAUGGCCGUCAGUAUUCUCAGGGAUUACACGAGAUAGCAGGAAUGAUAUUUAUUACACUUAAAAGAGAAUCCAUUUGCAAGACAAGCUUCCAGAAUGUGGACCCUGGAACCUCCCUUGUCGUGGAGUUAAUGGACUCGAAGUAUUUACGUCAUGAUGUUUUCAGCAUGUUCCACAUGAUGACAGAAUCAUUGGUUGAUCUCUACUACGACGAAACCUCUCUUCUUCAAGAGAGCAUUAAGUUUGAUCUCAAGCUUCGGCUUCUGGAUAAGUACCAAUAUCACCUUUUAAAGAAUAAGCUGCGCAUAGAAUCAUCCAUUUGGCUUAUUCGUUACUUCAGGCUGCUACUAAUCCGUGAGAUAGGACUCGAAUACUCAUUUGACCUCUGGGAUACACUUGUUGCCUUUUCAUAUACCCAGCAUCCCGAAAAGUUGGACCUGAGCUUACUUUUGCCUUAUAUUAUCAUCCUUCUCCUUUCUCUUAUCAAAUCGCAGCUGAUUAUCUCGGAUUAUGGUGAGGCCAUGUACCUAUUACUUCAUUACCCUAUAGAGGACAGACAUAAAAACCAUCUACAACCAUCGGCAAUCCUUAUCAAUGAAGAUGCAGGCUCUCCUACCGAAGAGUCGACAUUCACAUAUAUUCAGGAAAAUCAUCAAUCAAAGAACUCAGGCUCAUUUGAUUGUGUCAGUACAAACAAAAACUGUCAAGAGCUAUUACAACUCGAUAUUCCGCAAAUAACAAAGGAUGCAAUCGCAUUGUACCACAUGUCUGACCAAGAAUUGAGUACUAUGGGGACUCAAAUCAUAGAGCUGUAUUCGGGGCUAUCAAAUGAGGAGAAUAAAGAUGGAGUGUUGUCUGCGAGUCCCAUCAAGAAUCAAUCGUCUCCGCUCGGAGACAUGCUGAAAAGAUCCGCUUCGUGGACAAGGAAGUCAAGUUCUUCUGGUAAGAACAAAAAUAACAGUUUGCAUUGUAAUCAAAGGAAAGAUUUUGAUCGCACAAGGCUGGAAUUAAGACUACUAAACAAGGUAUCACAAGCACUCAGAAAGUAG